GAUGGAUUGAAGAAAUCACUACGCAACGGUCACGAAUCAGCCGCCUUUUGCCUCGUGGCUCUGCUACGUGCGGCUCGCCACUUUCAUGCUGAGAGUGACGCAGCGCUGGUAUCGUACGCGCUCGACGUGCAGGAUGAAGUGCGCGAAGCCGUCUUCCAGCGACCCAUUUCUGGAGGCCCUUCACCAUCGCCAACACUGGGGCUGGACACAUCGCCAUUUGGGCAGGAGAUUAUGACAGCCGCCUUUGUGGCUCUGGCUCACUUGAAUCUGGACGGCUCUACAGAGCCCUUGGUCGAGAGCUGCGUUGCGCGUUCUGCGCCGGACAGUUUCAAAGUAGCUGCUGUCCAAGCCUGUUGCUACUUUGCGCGGCAGCCAGAUAACGCCAAGUACGCUGAACUAUUUGACCAGCUACAGCCUUUCAUGCAAUCGCAGCUGGAAUCAGAGACCAAAUAUGGUAUCGACUCGCGCAAACGAUCCGUCGCGAGCAAAGACGGAGCGGACAUGAUUUGCAGCGUCCUGGACUUCCUAGACGCGGCGCCCCGGCGCCUCAUUACCGGUCCCGUCAGCAUCAACUCGCCCACCAACUUCUUCCGCCCCUUUUUGCUCUGUGUCUUGUCGCCUGAGAUAACAAUCCGUCGACGAGCCAUCAGCGUGGCGCAGCGGCUGUUCAAUGACCAUGGAGAGGCGUUUCGGGAGGUCUACAACGGACGGGCCCUGGACAGCAUCACGCUGCGGAAAGACUUGUGGGGACGAAGUUCGAGGGUGCUGAUCUCGCUGUGUGAGCGUAUUGCUGCGCAGACGAGCGACUCUGCCCUUGCUACAUUGCACGAUUGCCUAAAGGCACGGCUGUUGUUGCUCAAGAACAUCCCAGAACUUUCCGAGGUCCCCAAUGAUGUCUCAGACGUUGUGCAAGCCUCGUCGAAGCUGGAGACCAUUCUUCUCGUGUCACUAUGCUCUGCCGACCCCGAGGUAUGCCAGUUGGUGACUUCCUGCAUUGGCAUAUUCUUGGAGGAGUGCUCCGUCAUUGAUCAAGUCGCUGAGGCCGCCAAGGCAUCAGCCUCGGUGCUGCGCAAUGGAGACAUUUUCCGCGAGAUCGCGUCACCGGAAUUCCACUUCACUGGCUUGGUUGCCUUUCAGAAACGGAACCGUGGUUUAUUGCGGCGCAUGCAAUUCCCGACAACGGGUAUUCUCAACGCUUGGGAGACGGCAUUUGAUAGAUGGAUACACCUUGCCAAGGAUGUAUCUACCGCGAGCACGGAUGCCGUCGAUGACAAGGCGCUUGCAGAGUGGCGCAACUUCUCAGGCUUCCUUGCUUCUUUGGGCGGCAUAUGUGUCGCUGACCAGGCUAUUAUCCUGGAAGAACCCGCCCUCGGAGGCUUGAAGUGGAUCGACCGACUGUCCUCGGAGAAUUACGAAGAGACGUUGCUGACGAGAUACCUGCGCCUGAGCAUCCAGUUGCUCGCAUGCGCCAAUGUGCGUGUACGUGAGGCCAUGCGGGACGUUCUGUCUAGUGAGGUAUCUCCGUCGCUGUAUCAGCCCCUGUUCCGCGCUCUGGAGUCUGAACUCGAGGUCCUCUUCACGGGCGCUCUGGCAACAUCUGACAAGGCCCAGGACAGUGAGAUCAUUUUCGCGGAGCAGGGCGCGUCACUUCUGCGCGCUCUGGUUGAGCGGUUGACGACGCCGUCGGACCUUGGCGCGGCGUCUUCGAUCCACCUCGGCGCCUUGACGCUGAACUUUGCCAAAUUCCUAGACGGGGUGCCUGAGAGCUCGGACACUCUCAGAGUCAAGAUCCGUGUCUGCCAUCUGUGCGAAGCGGUCACGAAAAGAAAGGAGCAUCUCAAUCUUCGCGACGAUGUGCGGAUACGGAACCAGUUGUUGGAAUGCAUCUUUGGAUGGAUUGCCCGGCCACGAUCAUCACACGCUGAGCACAAUGGACACUCAACACGCCAAGAUGACAUGGCACGUCUUCAAAGAGACCUUGACAAGGCUUGCCUCAGGUCAUUGUCGGAUCUCACCUAUCGCUUGCCUCUUCAGCCAUCCGAAAGUCAGACUGACGCCGGCAUGAGUGAGAUCAAGUCACAGAUGUUCCACACCUACUUCAACCGCUUCCUCUCCUUACUAAAUCACGAGACUCCAGAGUCGGGUCGCAACGAAGCCACCGUCGGCCCCGCCGUCAGAGAGGACACCAUCUCGAAUUCCGACCUGGCCAUCACCAUCCUCUCCAACCUCCUCAGCGCCAACAUUGACGUUGGUCUGAAGCAUUCGCUCAGCAUUGGAUACCACGAGAACCCCGAGAUUCGUACAGCUUUUGUGCGCGUUCUGUACAACAUCCUUGUCCAAGGUACCGAGUUCAGCAACUUGACCGACUCUGCUGUGAGCGAAAAGUACGAAGAGCUCCUUGAACUGCUCACAAAGGAUCUGUCGCUUGCAGUUUCCAUGAGCUCCAUCUGCCCGAGCACCGAAGUUGACGAGGUUGCCAUCUGCCUCCUCACCGUAUUUGAGCAACGAGGGCUCACCUUUGAACUGUUUGAGGCUCUCAUCAAGCAAGAGGUAGAAGACACCAACAACGAGGCGGAGCUUCUCCGGCGCACAUGCGUGCCCACCAAGAUGCUCUCAGUGUAUGCCAAGUGGAAGGGAGCGCAGUACCUCAAAGACACGUUGCAAAAGGUCCUUGAUAGACUCAUGCUCAAUUUCCAAGACCUCGACCUUGAGCUUGAUCCAGCACGUGUUGGCUCGGCGGAGGAGUCGAAGAAGAAUGCUCUACAAUUACGCAUCGUGGCAAAGGUGUUCAUUGACAAUAUCUGUGCGUCUGCGUCGAGCAUCCCCCCGUCUUUCCGCAAGAUCUGCCAUAUCAUCCUCAAUGCGGUCGAGCCACGCUUCCCGGAUGCCAAGUACACUGCGAUCGGCGCCUUUAUCUUCCUCCGCUUCUUCUGUCCCGCCAUCGUCGCCCCGGAUGUCGAGGGGCUGGCCACAAAGGCGCCUACCAAGGAGAUGCGCCGCGGUCUCUUGCUGAUUGCAAAGGUCAUUCAGAACUUGGCCAACAAUGUGCUGUUCGGCGUAAAGGAACCAUACAUGUUUCCGCUGAACGACUUUCUUGUGCAGAAUGUCUUUGACAUCACGGGGUUCUUGCACGAGGUGUCUGUGCCACCGGAAAAGAUUGAAGGCCCAACAAACGUGGAUCUGUUCGAUUUCGGUUCAUGCGUAGCGCUGCAUCGCUUCUUGUACGACCACUGGGACCAUGUUCGCCAGACCCUCGUCUCUAGGGAGAGACGGGAGUACGUCCGGUCGCCAGGAGAACUAUCGCGUGGCCGCUCACCGCUGCUCGAACCCAUUCGCAACCUCAUUGCCAACCUGGGGCCACCUCCACUGGCCGUGUCAUGGAAUCGGCCUCAAGUAUCUUCCAACAGCCCGCCGCUAUACUCCCGAUUCCAGAAUUUCAUGCUGCGCAACGCUUUCAGGAGCACCGAGUCCUUUUUGACAGCUAGAGCUGUCUAUGAUGGUGGUGAGAGCAGAGACGGACUUUCCAUCAUCUGCAUCAUUCUCAGAAACAUUGAGACAGAGGGGAUCGAUCAUGAUACCUUGCUGUACUGUUACCUCAAGAUUGCGAGCAGGCUUUGGCAUGAACCAUUUGGACUUCUCAUUGAUGCUACAUGCUACAAUGGUCGCAACGAGCCACAAGAUGAGCUGUUUCGCAUGCUCGAACUGCUCACGCCAACAGAGCUGGCGCGCAGUCUUUCCCGAAUCUACAUUUACAACAUGAACAACGCCUUCAAACGCUGCUUCAGGCGACUUCUGAGGGUCUGCACGCGUAACGAAGCCAGCGUCUUUCAUCCGAAGAAUGUUGAAUACCACCUUGUCGGAAAUAUGGAAAGUUUACAGACGCACUUCAACUUGAACCAGCUUCACCUCCCAAAGGAGACGAUCAGCGUCAUCCAGGAUAGCCGCUUCGUUUUCAAACCUGUGACGCGCCUGUCCAAAUCAAAGGGCAAGAUAGAGGUGAUCAUCAAGGUGGGCGACCAAUUUGUCCAGAUCACCACGGCCAGGAAACAAGAAGUCUUUACUGGGUUCCGGAUGAGCACAACGGUGAACGAUGUCUUCCGCUUGGGAGACAUUGAUGAAGCUGCCACGUCUAUACAGACGGAAGACGACUCUGCUUUCGGCCUUCGAGCCGACGGCGGCAAGAUUGUCAUGUACUUUACGAGUCCCAUGAAGGCGGACAUUCUUCAGAGCGUGCGGGGCGCCAAGAGCAUCCAGGGCAAGGACAGCCGGACACACAAGCCAACAGAGAGGUUGAUCCGACCACAGGAUGUCCCUGGCACGCUCCUCAACCUGGCUUUGACAAAUCUAUCGAGUGCAGACCAUGUACUCAGGGUCUCCUCGUACAACCUGCUCGGAGCACUUUGCAAGGCCUUCAAGUUCAGCUCAGCGGCGAAGCUUGUCUGUGCCAAAGAUCUGUCCGUGCCUCUCGACGCCAGUAAUUUCAUCGUCAGUAUGAGCAAGGAGCUAGCCAAGACGGAGCCACAAUUGACGUCCGACUUCUUGACCGAGUUCUUCGUCGGCUGGGAGAGCUUUCCUGAAGAACAGAAACCGUUGAGUCUAGCGUACAUGGCCCCGUGGCUCACUGGGUUGCGAACCAACGUUCUCUCCAGCGAGCAGGAUCCCGAAAAGGGCCGGGAGCGCGUCGCGCUACUCAUUCGAAAACUCAUCGACGUGGCCAUUAUUGAUCACGCCCAAUCCUACACGCUGCAGCAGUGCGUUUGGCCGGCCAUAGCGCAAGACGAGGUUCUACUUGAAAUCUUCCUCGAUGAGAUCAUGAAGACCUCCAUGGGCUAUAGCAACCAUGACGAGGCGCUCGAAAUCAUCUCUUCAAUCGUUGCUGGCAUCGGGAGCGUCACGCUGCGUGGCAAGAUCCUCUCCAGGCUACGCAAGGCUUUGAAUCGCUCCUCUUUGAGGCCCACCAAGUACCUACCAGACAAUGCUGUGUGGGCGGAGAUCUGCAUUCUGCUGCACUUCUGCCUGGCUCUAUCUUUCGACAAUGGCAUCCAGGCCCAGCUUUUCCUUCCCGAAGUCUUCCACGUCGUGACUAUGCUGUUCAACACGGGCAGCCAGUCCGUGCGCAUGCUGGUGUACAGGCUACUCAUCAAUUCCGUCCACGCGGCGUGCACAUCGUUCGCGCUGGACGACGUCCCGGCCAGCAAGCUGAGGGCCAACCUGGAGGCGCUGGGCGAGCCCAAGGGCGACAUUUUCCCUAUACAUCCCACGUUUGUACGCGAAGGGGCGUCCAUCUCGACGGCGCAGGACUCUGGUGCCACUCUAGCCGCGACCGAGCAUCUGGCCGCUGUUCUUUUCGAUAUUUGCCAAACAGCUGCCCCGUCUUUAGACAUGUCCAAUGCCUGGCGAUCACGAUGGAUGAGUUUGGUGGCUAGUACUGCCUUCCAGAACAACCCUGCGAUUCAGCCAAGAGCAUUCACAGUCAUGGGCUACCUGGCGCGUGAGGAAGUGGACGAUGACUUGCUAUACCAGGUCUUGGUGGCCUUGCGUAGCAGCGUGGGUAGGUUUGAGGAGGAGAGCAGCACUGAGAUGUUGGUAUCCAUCACAACAUCCCUCUCCAAGAUGAUGGCCAAGUUACCGUCUGCGUCGCGCUACGGGCUGCAAUUGUUUUGGCUGGCGAUAUCACUUGUCAGGCUGGUUCCGUCGGCCAUGUUCAAUUGUGCCGCCCAGUUCCUCGAAUCGGUGCUGGCCAACAUUGGCACUGUAGGGGACGUCAGGGGGGAGAACAUGGUCUCUCUGCUGCUCCAGGGCCGCGAGCAGCUCGACGAAGCGGCCAUGGCUCUAGAUGAAGCAUAUGGCAUUCACUUCAACAACAACAGCUUCCAUUUUGCCGUGUGUGCUUGCUUAGCUCGGGGGCUGACCGACACCACCACCAGACCCACGGCCAUGCGCGUGCUCUCGGCCUUUUUGGAGAUGACGACAACUCCUCCAGAGCAAGGACCCCAUUCUGGUGCACCUACUGUGUCCAGUUCGCCGUACUUGGCCUUGAUCCGAGCCAGAGCCACCGGCCACGACGAGCUGAGGGACAGUCUUUGGCGAGCCGGCAUUGACCCAGAGGACCCUGCGUCCGAGACCGUCGACUACCAAGGACGGCGCGACGUUCGGACUUUUGCUGACCAUGAGCUGCUGCUCAUCACCGUCAUGGAGAUGGUCGACUUCCAGUACCUCGAAGACGCUGUACAGACGCGAAGUCUUCAGUGGUUGAAUGCACUCGCCCAGGCCCGCCCUGCCGUGAUGAUACAUCUGUGCGGUUCCAUGCGAACGAUCCUGGACGACGUGCUGUUACACGGACAGAACUCGGCACCUCUCGAGGCAGCCCAUACGCUGCUACGAACAUUGACCUCGAACAAGAAAUAUGCACGCGCCAUGAACUCGGGCGGCUCCAUGGCCGAGAUACUGGAACAAAACGGCUUUGGCGGUCUGUGGCGCUCAUGCUCCAUGGGCGCUAUGGACGACAUCCACCGAGACUGCUUUGACUUGACCGAAAAGCUCAUUGAGCUCAUUAUCAUUUAGCGACGGCAUGUAGUGAUGAUUGAUGAUAGCCCAAAACUAUAGAACAAUUGGAUAUUUUCUGCUACAUUGACGCUGUUCACUGCCGUGACGCU